GAACAAAAAAAGACCAACCGUGGCGGAAAAUGGCGUGCGGGCUCCCGCCGCUGCUCCACGCCCUCCUCUCCUCUCCGCCUCGCCCCCUCCUCCCCUCCCGCCCUCCCUCCCUCCUCGUGCCCAGAACCCUACCCCUAGUCACUCGCGCUCGCGGGCCUAGGGUCGCGCGCCACCUGUCCCCUGCCCCUCCGCGCGCGCUCCCGGACAUUGCCGCCGCGGCGGCGGGCCUCCGGGACGCGGUCACCGGCGCCUUCCAGGCGUCUCCGCCUACGUGGAGCUCGGCUGCCACCACCAACCUCGCCAUCUUCGUCGCGGGCACGCCGCUGCUCCUCUCCGGCCUCUCCGCCUCCGGCAUCGCGGCCGCCUACGUCCUCGGCACCCUCACGUGGCGCGCAUUUGGGGCCCAGGGUUUCCUCCUCGUCGCCGCCUACUUCGUAGUGGGCACAGCAGUGACCAAGUUAAAGAUAAAACAAAAAGAAGCUUUGGGAGUGGCUGAGAAAAAAGGAGGAAGGAGAGGUCCUGGUAGUGUUAUUGGUUCUAGUGCUGCUGGUUGUGUCUGUGCUCUCCUAUCAGUAUAUAAUGUGGGCGGGGGAGCAUUCGCGGAACUCUGGACACUUGGCUUUGUUGCAAGUUUCUGUACUAAACUCAGUGAUACAGUUUCCAGUGAAAUAGGGAAGGCGUAUGGAAGAACAACGUACCUAGUGACAACAUUUAAGGUUGUUCCAAGAGGUACGGAAGGUGCAGUCAGUGUUGAGGGCACUCUUGCUGGAAUUGUAGCAUCGACGUUUCUGGCAGGGAUUGGUUAUAUUCUGGGGCAGGUAAAUCUACCACAGGGUGUGCUAUGUGUUCUUGCAUCCCAGAUUGCAAAUUUUGGCGAGAGUUUGAUUGGCGCAACACUGCAGGAUAAGGAAGGUUUUGAAUGGCUGAACAAUGAUGUUGUCAACGUGGUCAAUAUCUCGGCCGGCGCCGUUUUGGCCGCUCUAAUGCAGCAGUUGCUAGUGAGCUGGCGCUCAUGAUCUUUCUUUCCUGACUUUUCUGCAGUGCAUCGGCUCUCAUAGUUUGUUAGUGGUACAGGCUGCUGGCAUUUGCUUGUGGAACUCGCAAUUGAGUGGAUGCACGUCUGUCUGUAUGGACGUGCUUCUCCUUUGUGACAUAUCUUCCUGUACUUCUAAUUCUAGUACUAGCUUACUAGCAUAGAUUUGUCAAGUAAAACUCUCUCUGCCAGAGCUUCAUAUGUCCUAGAAAUACUGUGCUGGCUGGCGUGCUACUAGCUACUCCAAACAAUGCUCAUUAUCCACUAGUUAAAACUCGUGAUUGGACAA